GUUUGAUUCAUCCAUUUUGAAGAGACAGGGGAGCUGGGGGCUCGUCAGAUCCAGGGGCCCGGAACAAGCAGCCGCAGACUCUUGAGGAGGCAGCAGCAGCUCGGGGCUCGGCAGCAGCGGCCCCGCCGGCCGGAGCGGGGGGGUGGGGCGCCGAGUGCGCGGGGAGGGGGGUCCUGGUCCUCAGCUCCACGACUUGGACGCGCCUCGACAGCGAACAUGUCUCGGCCUGUCAGAAAUAGGAAGGUCGUUGAUUACUCACAGUUUCAGGAAUCAGAUGAUGCAGAUGAAGAUUAUGGAAGAGAUUCAGGCCCUCCUGCUAAGAAAAUUCGGUCAUCUCCCCGAGAGGCUAAAAAUAAGAGACGAUCUGGAAAAAAUUCACAAGAAGACAGUGAAGACUCAGAAGAAAAAGAUGUGAAGACCAAGAAGGGUGAUUCUCACUCAGCAGAAGACAGUGAAGAUGAAAAAGAUGAUCAUAAAAAUGUACGCCAGCAACGACAGGCAGCAUCUAAAGCAGCUUCUAAACAGAGAGAGAUGCUCUUGGAAGAUGUUGGCAGUGAGGAAGAGCCAGAAGAUGAUGAUGAGGCACCCUUCCAGGAGAAUUCUGGCAGCGAUGAAGAUUUCCUAAUGGAAGACGAUGAUGAUAGUGAUUAUGGCAGUUCAAAAAAGAAAAACAAAAAGAUGGUUAAGAAGUCCAAACCAGAGAGAAAAGAAAAGAAAAUGCCCAAACCCAGACUAAAGGCUACAGUGACACCAAGUCCAGUGAAAGGCAAAGGGAAAGUGGGUCGCCCCACAGCUUCUAAGGCAUCAAAGGAAAAAACUCCUUCUCCCAAAGAAGAGGAUGAGGAGUCAGAAAGCCCUCCAGAAAAGAAGACAGCGGCAAGUCCCCCACUCGAGAAGUCUGGAGACGAAGGGUCUGAAGAUGAAGCCCCAUCUGGGGACGAUUAAAAGUGAUGUUUGGGGAGAGAUUUUAUUAAAAAACAAAACAAAACAAAAAAGGAAACCUACAUAGGACACGGUUUGGGCUGUGGCUUAACUCGGGCUUUCAGUGCUAUUUCAUUUGUCUAAAAUAAUGUUUAUCUAUCUGUCUCUCACUCUCAGAACCAUUGUGUGUUGAAGUGUUUAAGUUGCCAUUUUGUCUCAUGGUCUUCUUUCUUUGCCAGUCCCUCUCCUCUCCCAGUGAAAGCCAUGUGAAUUAAUCACUGGACUGACUGUUUCAUCUUUGUGUUUUUAAUGGAAGGAAGGACUACCAAGCUGUAAAGCAAUAAGACUUGAGGUGGACACUAUGGAAACUUUGCUUUUUGUUAAAGAAUAUCAACUUGGAUAAUAAUCAAAAAAACAAAAAUCUAGAAAGGUUUUAGUUGAAAAUGAUUUGUUACUUCUUUUCCUGUGCUUGUGAUGAGCAGUUGUCAUUUGACAUGGGCUUAUAUGUCUAAGGUGUGGAUGUCAAGAAGAAUCAGGACUCUAAACUUACACUAGUGAGGCAGUUGGGGGGUGAGCAGGAACUCUGGAUUGUUAACUCAGUGCUCACGUAUUUCCCUAGCUGUGGAGAGGAGGAGGUUCCUGGAGCUUAUUGGGGGUAUGGGCUUCCUUACUUUAUAUUUGUUAUUCUCCAAGAGACUCACAACCAGUGGUCCUUUUGUCUGAAUAACAGUCUCUUUUAAAAUGAGCCACCAAAACCAGAAUCACUCUUUAUUUUAUGUCAUUCAUAUUUUUUAUUGACUCAUUUUUU